CAGAUAUUUCCCCUAUACGGGCUGCUUCCAUCCGAUUCAUUCCACUCCACCGGUCCACCCUCCCUUCCCCACACGAAACCACCACCCCCACUCUUCCAUGUCAGCCGCCGUCCGCUCCCGCGCCGCGGCGGCCGCGCUCUCCGCCGCGCGCCGCAUCCACGCAGGCCUCGCCGCGGAGCAGAAGCAGCAGGGCGGCAACAGCCCUGGCGCCCUUCGCCGACCUUGGACCCUCUUCCGGCGCCAGCAGCAGCAGCAACAGCAGGAGCAGAGCCACGUUCCUCGCGCCGCCGCUCCUGUCCUGGACGCCGUUGCCGACCAUAGGGCCGGCGGCUCGGACGGUGGGGAGCCCCCAGAGAUCUGGCGCCAGCCCGGAGAAGCCCCUGUCGCUUCCGCGGGUGCGGACGCCAUCGGGAGGAUCGACGUGGUUAGGGUUGCGGCCCCCGGCGGGGAAGGCUUUGAUGGGAAGGACGGGGCCGAGGAAAGCGGGGAUUGGGGCGGCUCUAACCUGGGACGACGGUUUCCCACGCCCAAGGAGAUUUGCCGUGGGCUCGACAAAUUUGUCAUCGGCCAGCAGCGAGCCAAGAAGGUGUUGUCAGUAGCAGUUUAUAAUCACUAUAAACGUAUUUAUUGUGAGUCACUCACCAGAAGGUCUGCCGCAGAUUGUAGUGAGAGCGAUUCUUGCACGAGUGACACUGACAUGGUAGAGCUUGAGAAAAGCAAUAUUCUUGUCAUGGGGCCAACAGGCUCGGGGAAAACAUUGCUGGCAAAAACACUAGCAAGAUUUGUGAAUGUGCCCUUUGUUAUAGCUGAUGCGACAACCCUCACUCAGGCUGGAUAUGUUGGUGAGGAUGUUGAAUCUAUUUUGUAUAAGCUCCUAGCGGCUGCUGAUUUUGAUGUAGCUGCUGCCCAGCAAGGAAUCGUCUAUAUUGAUGAAGUUGAUAAAAUAACAAAGAAGGCUGAGAGCAUCAAUCUUAGCAGAGAUGUUUCAGGUGAAGGUGUGCAACAAGCACUGUUGAAAAUGCUUGAAGGAACGGUUGUUAGUGUUCCUGAGAAAGGGGCCAGAAGGCACCCAAGAGGUGACAAUAUCCAGAUUGAUACAAAAAACAUUCUCUUCAUCUGCGGUGGUGCUUUUGUAGACUUGGAGAAAACUAUUUCGGAAAGGAGACAUGAUUCUUCAAUUGGUUUCCGAGCGCAGGUUCGUUCAAAUAUGCGAUCUGGUGGUGUUAUAAAUGCUGAGAUCACAUCAUCGCUACUGGAAUCAGUUGAAAGUGGUGAUCUCAUUGCGUAUGGACUAAUCCCAGAGUUUGUUGGUAGAUUUCCAAUUCUUGUUAGUCUAUCCUCCCUCAGCGAAGAUCAGCUUGUUGAAGUUCUCACAGAGCCAAAGAAUGCCCUUGGCAGGCAGUAUACCAAGUUGUUUGAAAUGAAUGAUGUUAAAUUGCAUUUUACGGAGGAAGCCUUACGGCUUAUUGCCAAAAGAGCAAUAGCGAAGAAUACUGGGGCUCGUGGUUUAAGGUCCAUAUUAGAAAGUAUAUUGACAGAAGCUAUGUAUGAGAUUCCAGAGACACGAACUGGAAAAGAUAAAAUAGAUGCUGUGGUUGUUGACGAGGAGUCUGUUGGAUCUGCAAAUCAGCAUGGAAUUGGAGCUAAGAUUCUUUGCGGAGAAAGAGCUUUGGAUCUCUAUCUGGCCAAGCACAAUAAUAAAGAAUCAAUGGGUCAACACCAGGUGAGAUCGAACGUGGAAUCUGAGAUCGAUACAGAAGCCCCCUCUAGAGUGGCCAGCAUGUAGAGGGUUUCUGACAACAAUAAUUAUGUAUAUAAAUAAUUUGUUGUCGGCCUUGUAACUGUAGCCAAUUCAAAUGUAAAUUCGGGCCAUAUAAAUUCAUCAUGUAUAAGGCCGGUGCUGGGGUUGUAAUUUGUUAUGUUGAAUUUGGGGGGACUGAAGCUUGAUCUUGCAAACUUUACGUUCAAGGAAAGUAAAGGGGGCAGCGUUACAUUUUGGGCAAA